GAUGCGGUGCGCAGGAUGUCGUUCAAGAAAGAAACACCACUUGCCAAUGCUGCAUUUUGGGCUGCAAGAAAAGGAAACCUGGCUCUCCUCCAACUCCUGAUGAACAGUGGGCGAGUAGAUGUGGACUGCAAAGACAGCCUUGGCACAACAGCUCUGAUGGUAGCAUCUUACUAUGGCCACAUAGACUGUGUACGGGAAUUGGUGUUGCAAGGAGCAGAUAUCAAUCUGCAGAGAGAGUCAGGUGCAACUCCUCUGUUCUUUGCUGCACAGCAAGGCCACAACGAUGUAGUGAAGUUUCUCUUUGAAUUUGGAGCCUCUACUGAAUUUAGGAAUAAAGAUGGAGGUACUGCACUUCUAGCUGCUUGUCAGUACGGGCAUGCAAAAGUAGUGGAAACGCUCUUGAAGCAUGGUGCCAACAUUCAUGAUCAACUUUACGAUGGAGCUUCUGCAAUUUUCCUGGCAGCACAAGGAGGCUAUCUGGAUGUCAUCCGAUUGCUACUUUCUUCAGGAGCAAAGGUUAACCAGCCACGGCAGGAUGGGACGGCUCCCUUGUGGAUUGCAUCGCAGAUGGGUCACAGUGAAGUGGUACGAGUAAUGCUGCUUCGUGGAGCUGAGCGAGAUGCCACCCGGGAUGAUGGUACGACUGCUUUACUGAAGGCUGCCAUUAAGGGGUACAAUAAUGUGAUAGAAGAGUUGCUGAAAUUCUCUCCAACUCUUGGCCUGCUGAAGAAUGGGACCUCUGCUCUCCAUGCAGCCGUCCUGAGUGGCAACGUGAAGACAGUGGCACUGCUCCUUGAAGCAGGAGCAGAUCCGUGCCUGAGGAACAAGGCAAAUGAACUUCCAGAAGAACUAACAAAAAAUGAACGCAUCCUCCGACUCCUCCGCAGGAAGGAAAAGCAAGGAAAAAGCUAAUGCAGCCCUGUAGCAAAUAUGGUUUGACAGAGAGGCACCCUGACCACAGUAGCAUGACUGUAAACCUAGGUUGCCCAAGAAGGGCUUAUUGGAACAGUUUGCAGAACUGAUUAGCCCCUCCAGUACACGCUCCCUGAACGCAUAA